AUGGGUCGCGGCGACCGCAUAUUGGAUAGGGCAUGGGCCCGGUUCACAGACUCCGACCGCAUAGCAAUAACUGAUACGGGGGCGUUGAUUGAAGAGAUCGAGCAGAUUUGGGGACGGGCGCUUCUAUCUCCGGAUUACAAGGCAUUCUGGAUUGACACGAUCCUCGAGCAUCCAAGCAGAAGUCUGACAAAGCACGAAUUUCUGGUGCUGUUUAAAAUGCUUUUUGAGGUCGAGUUUGAAGACUUAUUUGAUACAGACACUGAUCUGACGAGGCGAACAGACACGAGAACUAUAAAACGAAAAGCACCCGUCGCAUUGUCCUUGAUGGAACAGAAACAGAAGCUGUUCCAGAAAAUUAGUAUAUUAAAAGGCACAUUGAACGCGCAGCGCAAGCGGUCGGCCAACGAAGACUGUACAAUGGAAUUGCAAUUGAAUAGACGACUCGUGGACUGCUACGAGACACUGAUCCAGGUUUAUGAGCAGCUCGCUGCCGAGCCCACGGAGUCGGCGCUGGUGCUCGCGGUGAGGCGUCAGGAUGAUCUGUUGGCGCGAUUUCAGCGGAAACUCAAUCGCACAGCUAGAAUCAAGCUAUGGCGAUCGUAUCUGACGCUGCUGGCAGCUGGACUGUUGGCAUUUUGCAUCGUUUCGUACGUGAUGGGGCUCGUCGCCGACCUCCCGGCAACUGAGGACGACAACAUAGCACCGGCGGGCUAUCGACGGCUGCCGAACAGGUUUUUCGACUCGUUGAACCCGAUUGACAGGCUUUUCUAUAGCGGCCUGGAAUGGCUUGGAUAUGUGUAA